AUGAACCACAAUACUCAUAACGACUACGACACAAGUGCAUCUAUUCUUUCCAAUGAAGAUGCAUUAUCUGACAUCAGUUUGGAUGAGGAAGACGAAGAAUUGAUUUGGAGAGUCUUUUUUAGUGAUUUGGAGAAACACACAAACAGACAAAAACAAAGUGAACUGAUUGACGAGGAGCCGGCAGAUGCGGAAGAGAUAGAUUCGGAUAAUGAAGAGUUGUUUUCAAUUAGCCUGGAGGAUUUACUACUGCUUGGAGAUCCAGCGUUGGCAGAUCGAUAUAAAGACUUGAAAAGUAAUGCUAUUGACGUUAACUUAUCUGAAGAAGAGCAAAAGCGGUUACUCAUUACAAACUUCACCAACGAUCAAAUGGAAAGGUUCGAAGCCUACAGGCGGCUGACCAUAAAUAAACCUGGGGUAAAGAAGAUCUGCAACGGGGUGGUGGGACAUUCUGUCUCCCAGGUCAUAGCAACCGUGGUAGCAGGUGUAGCAAAGCUGUUUAUAUCAGAGAUAAUAAGUAAAUCUUUUGAAGUGCAAGAUAGGGAUAACAAAGGCACGCUAUUGUCGGACAUUGAGAAGAAGAAGAACCAGAAAAGAUCUGACAUUGAAAAUAUUCAAACUGAGAGUGAGACGAAACCAGCUCCAUUACUGUACCAAGGUGACCACAGCUCACCCCUUCAGCCCACUCAUAUAAGAGAAGCUUUAAGAUUGUACCAGGAUGAAUGUUCUGGCGAAUUACCAUCGUAG